AUGACUUAUGUAUUACCUAUUCGUAUUAUUCGUAUUCUAUGUAAAUUUUUUGGUGAUCCCGUUGGUAAUAUAUUUACCCAUGAAGAUGUACUUGUACCGUAUCCAUGUAUGAAAAUUUAUGAAGAUCGAUUUGAGCUUUACUUGGACUUUUGUUUAAUAACAGAAACUACUUCAAGUUCCACAGCUGUUGCUCUUCUCGUAUCGUUGUACUAUGUUUUUGAAAUUCGAUUUGGUUUACAUAAUCGAACAUGUCGUCUUCUUUAUGGUAUAUUAUUUGAAGAUUCACAUUAUCUCAAUAAGGCACUCAAAAACUUGCUCAAUAACUGGCAAUAUAAAAUUGCUAAUCGACCAUUGAUGAAACGACAAGCAAUGAUUACAAAUCUGAUCGAAAAUUCUACUCAACCAUCAAUCGUGAACAAAAACAACUCAUCUUCAUCUAAUAAUUCAAAUCAAAUUGUUGAUGAAUCACUUGAACAAAUUGAACAAGAUCAAUAUUCUUCGUCUUAUUUAAAUUUGACUAGGUCAACCAAUAUUGAUCAACAAUAUCUUAAUGAACAAAAUGAUGAUGAUCUUAAUCAACUAUCAAAUUCUAAUGAUGAAGAAGAUCUUAAUCAAUUAUCAAUAGCUUCUCCAGUUUCUAUGUCUCAGUGUAGCUCACCAGUGAUCUUUCAAAAUCAAACACCAUCAUCAAUUACCAUCGAUGAUCAUUCCAACAAUUUACAUUCACAGAAAACAAACAGAUUCUAUCCUUCUUAUAAAUCCUCAUCAAAACUGCAGUACAAAGAUGAACCACAUAGAUAUAUAGAAGUCAAAGAAUCUCAUUCAGCAGCUAAUAAACGAAAACGUAAACAACAUCAAACUUCCUCUUCAUCCAUCACAACAAUAUCAAAACAGUCAACACGACUUGCAGCUAAACGAAUUCGAAUUGAAUAA